AUGACAGCCAUCACAUCCCCACAACCGUUAGACUUGUCGCACCACUACUCGUAUGCGUCCAAGAAUCGCAACCCGAGCAGCGUAAAGAGCUUCUACAAGUAUUUUACAAUUCCAGGCAUCGCCAAUUUCGCGGGAGGCCUACCACACCCUUCAUAUUUCCCGUACGAUACCCUCGAAGCGACCGUCGCCCGCCCUCAGCGUCUCCAACCAUCCAACAAAGAUGACACCAAAGCCGACCGGGUACUCAUCCCCAAAGCAGUUCAGACUACCGACCCUACGCGCAAAAUCGACUUGACCACUGCUCUCCAGUAUGGCGUUGCCGAAGGCUAUCCACCGCUUGUCUCGUUCCUCCGACAAUUCGUCCGCGACCAUCUCCAUCCCAAUGUUCCCUACGAAGGAGGUCCCGAGGUCAUCAUGUCAUGCGGUAACACCGACGGCUUCUCCAAAGCCGUUGAGCUUUUCACUAAUAUCUGGAAUCCCGACCGGGACUGGAUUCAGCAGCGCGAGGGCGUGCUAUGCGAAGAAUUCACCUAUAUGAACGCCAUUCAAACCAUCCAGCCGCGAGGCCUCAAUACCGUCACCGUGGCCGUGGAUGGUCAAGGUAUGCUAGCUUCCGGCAAAGGCGGCCUGGCAGACGUACUGGAAAAUUGGGAUUUCCGACGCGGAAGACGUCCGCAUCUCAUGUAUACCGUGACAAUUGGGCAGAACCCCACUGGAGGAAAUCUUUCCAUUGAGCGAAGAAAGGAAAUCUACGCGCUCUGUCAGAAAUAUGACGUGAUUAUAGUGGAAGAUGAUCCAUACUGGAACCUGCAAUUCCCCUCUGCAUACGAGAUGGAGGCCCGUUAUCGGGGGACCUCUUCAGAGUCUACGCCCUACAAUCGGAGCUAUAAUGCCGAGGGUCGGUCUUCGGGAUAUGCGUUCUUAGACUCGUUGGUCCCUUCAUAUCUAUCGAUCGACACAGAAGGACGAGUUGUACGACUGGACACUUUUUCGAAGACCAUUGCACCUGGCAGCCGUCUGGGCUGGAUCACUGCGCAACCCGCCGUCAUCGAGCGUAUCACUCGCAUUACUGAGGUUACAACGCAACAACCUUCAGGAUUCGUACAGUCUAUAAUUGCCCAGACAAUUAUCGGGGAACAGUUGAAGGAGAAUGGCGCUUUUGCCUUGAAGAAGCAAGAUAUCCAUAGCUGGCGCAUGGAUGGGUGGGUUCGCUGGCUGGAAGGAUUGCGUGGUGGGUACGAGAGACGCAUGAACGACAUGUGCACCAUCCUUGAAGAGAACAAGUUCCUGUUCUCGGAGAAAUCUGCGUUAUCAUCUACCGUCGACCACGUCAAUGACUGGGAGGUCGUCGAUCGGGUCCAGAUGUACGACUUUGUCUGGCCCAAGGGUGGCAUGUUUGCCUGGGUUGAGAUCCGUCUUGAGACCCAUCCACUGCGGGCCAAAUACAGCGAGCAGAAACUAUCCAAGGCUUUCUGGAUACACCUUACGAAGAAGCCGCAUUUGUGUCUGGUGGCGCCGGGUCAGAUAUUCGCGGCAGGGCCAAAAUCUAUCGAGAAAGAACACCGGUAUAUCCGAGUUGCUUUUGCACCUAUGGAUGCCGAGGAUGUCUCACCUUUUACGCGCAGGCUUGUUGAAGGUUUCCGGGCAUUCUGGAAGCGAGAGGAUCUAGAUGGCUUGGAUGAUGACGACGAUGAGACUCUUGCAUUGGGUUCCAUGCAGUUAGAGUCGGGCAUUAACUUUGUAGGUCCAGGAUGCUGA